AUGAGCGGGAGGCAGAAGCACCUACCGCUUCUAUAUAACCCGCUUCUCAAUGCUAUAUUUAACAAUCCCCACCACGCCAAGGCGGCAAUUCGCUCCACCAUCAACGAACUCAGCCUCAGCCAUAAUGACUACACGAUCUUGGUUCCUCCAGGACACAUUCUACGCAAUUGCACCGAGCCUCUGGGGCUGAAGCUCGAGGAAUUGUGCUACGACAGCGAUGCGUUUCUCAAAUCCCAUAUCCUCAAGACGCUGGCACCGUUCUCGACCACCAUGGCACCUGUGACCAAGAUACAGCUGAUCAUCUACAAUACCAUGAACGGGAGACAAGUGUUGGUCAAGAACGGCAUGGUGUUCACCGGCAAGGGGUUCAAGAGAAGCAUAAAAGCGGAGGUCCUCAGCACGGACUAUUUCGUCACUUUCUGUGACUACUUCCCCAAGGGUAGCAAGGUGAUGCUCUUGUACAUCAGCGACUCGCUAUUUGGCCAUCUGGGCGAGGAAUCGAAGGAGCUUCCGCCUGAGCCAGAGCUUAGGGAAAGACCCAGAAGCCACCGCUCUGUCACGUUUGAGGAGCUUCUACGAAACUUCCCGUUGCUUUCCAAAGCCAUGUCUGACCAGUUUUAUGUGCUCUUCCACCACAAUAACCGGAAGUUUGAGAGGCUACGAGCAAGAACAGGGGUAUCUUUAGAAGAGGUGAGGCUGUUAUUUAUGGCCAUGGUCGAGGAGGCGUUUCUGAUCGUGCAAAAGACUGUCAAUGCCGAGUCUGCCGAGGGAGAACGUAUCUCCAGGCUUUUGCAUACCAUCACCGUGCAAAAUAUGGAUGUGGAUUUGAAUAAUCUAGUUCACGAGUAUGUCGAGCUCAACGUCUACGACAAGGUGUGGGUCCAGCUUGUGAACCAGUUCGAGAAGACCCAGGAAGAAGAAGAUCCCUUGAUGGUCCUUUCCUCAGCGGUCUACAACGAUCUCUCCUGCCUUUCACUCAAUCAACUUGAUCUUCCCGUGGAAGAACCAUGGUAUUUGAAUGUCCUCCAUGCCCGAGUUGCUUCAGCCAUAGCACAGUUCUCCAAGCUCAAUGAUCCGAGUGUGACGAACAGACGACAAAAGAUUGAUCUCAUCGGAAACACAGUGGAUAUCUUGACUGAGGGCAAGGACGACUCAAAUGCCAAUCUAGUGGUGGACGCUGAUACCCUUAUAGGCCUCCUUAUCAUGGUGAUAGUUCACCUGAAGGUUCCCAACUUGGAGGCUCAUAUCUACUACAUUCGUCAUUUCGGUAUCGACUCACUUCAAAGUGGCAAUGCAUCUUCGGAAAAGCACAGUGUUGGCUACCUCAAUUACAUUCUCAGCAACAUCGAUGCUGUGAUCUACCAUUUAUCGGGUAAAGGCUCUGAAGGUAUCCCCUACGACCAUUUCCAGGAAAUGUCCCAAGCAUCGUCGCAAAACUAUGACCUCUGGUAUGCGAUUCAAAAAGAAGACCUUACUGGUUUACAACGCUUGCUUGAUGAUGUCGACGAACAAUAUUCCGGCAAGCAGCUUCCCAAAGACCAUUUCCUCAAAAGUAGGAACAUUCACGGCGAGAGCUGUUUCUGCUUUGCAAUCCGAAGCAAGAAUUUUGAAGUAUUCAAGACUUUGAUCGACAGAACCUUGGAGUGGUUUCUGGUGGAAGAUCUCAUUUUCGAUAAGAACACAACUACCGAUCAGACUUUGAUGAUGGUUGCCCUUGUCGAGGAGAAUAGCGACGUCUCAAAGUAUUUGCUAUCUGUCAUUCUUGCUGACACAACUGCAGAGGAACAGUGCCUAUACUACAAUCUCAAAGAUAAAAGCGGAAGGACGUUGGGACAUUAUUUGGGCUACGAUGUCACCAUACUAGAGCAGGUCGGCCCACAUGUGGACUGGUAUACAAAAGACAACAAUUCACACACACCACUCUUCAGUUUGUGCCGCCAUUACGAUCAUCAUGACUACAAAACACUAGUACAAAAAGCAUUUGCAUGUGUGUUCAAAAAAUACCCAAAACCGUUGGCUCUUGACGAGCAGACUGAUAAGUACGGUAACACGUUUUUGCAUGUCCUUGCUCGAGGAAUCACCGAAACAGGCAUUCUCGAGACGGACAAGGCGUUGGUUGAUGUCAACCAUCUCAAUGAAAAGCUUCUUUCACCGCUGGCGGUAUACAUUCGAUACAGCAGAACAGAAAAUCUUGCUUUGCUCAUGAAGAACGAUCUUUUCAACUUCUUCCAGGAAGACCAACGCAACUUUUACAAUUUAUUGGAUUACUACAGCUUUUCGGCUGCGAAGGCUAGUAAUGGUUCCAAUAAGGCAUUUGGUGAGGUGGAGCAGAUUGUCAUCGACAAGUAUUUCGAAGUCAAUUAUUCAAAGCACAACGAUAUCCAACUUGGAGUUCUCAAUGCCCGUUACGACGGAUCAGCCAACGAUUGGAUUAUCAACACUGUGAUGGUGAAACCGGGAACCGAGAAACCGAUCUCCACACAAUAUAUCGCGAUUGAUAAGCUUCGCCAAUUCACCAAACUUCAGAAAAUGGCAUUUCCACAAGGGUUCGGCUUAGAUGUCAACACUUUUUGGAUAAACCAUCCAGCGAACAAGCUGACAAUUCCAUCAUGUUCAAAGUACCGCUCAAACAGAUUAUUAGAGCUUCUUACCAUGUACUUCCAGGCAAUGAAUUUCCACUCGGAUACAUCAAAGACUAAGUUUCGGGGCAAUUUUGCAAUGUGCUGUGCCGAUAGCAAGACCCUGACUUUAGAAAUGAUGAAGGACAUUAACAAGGCACAAGAGAACGCCAAGGUGAGAAACGGAGAAGUCAAGUUCUCCUCGCAGAAGAUCCAGGAAAUUGAAAUCUUCCUCGACUACUCCCUGAGUGACUUGUUAGGAUUUCAUUUGGAAAUGAGCAAGCUCAACCAGAUCCUUACAGUGACAUCGAUGAAGCAAAGUGAUCUAAGAAAUGUCUCUGACAUUUUGUUGCGGCAAAUCAAAUUGGGAAGUACAAAGCAUCUUGAUGUAAGAGAAUUCAGGGCUCUUGAUGCAUCUUACCAGAAGCUACAAUCGUAUGCAAGCUGGCUUGAACUCUCAGUUAAUGAACUUCUACAGAACUGCCGGAAAUUGAAGGAGAAGCUCCAGCUAUGGAAGGAAAUCUAUCAUGGUAUCAAGGAGCUUAACAAUGAACUCCAUCGCUUUGAGGACCAGGUCAAGGUCGCCCAGAAUGGUGUUAGCGAAGAAGCGGAGAGUGAGAGUGCUACCCGGACCGUUUCCAGAAGGAGCACUACAUCGUUAGAUUCCGUUCCCUCGGAAACUCAAGAAGCUGGAUCUUUCUUCAAUUUCGGAAUCAUCGAUAGCAAGAAAUCAAAAUACAAAAAGCUACUCAUGACGAAGUCUGAGGAGGUGAAAAAAGUGAUGAAUCUCAAUGCUGAGAUCAAGAUCGACCACGAGUUAAUUGCAGCCGAGAUCUCACACAUGUCUGUUUCUCACAAGGAUUUGGCGUUGGCCAUUAUACAAUUUUUGGAAUCAAGUGUUUCCAACAAGACUGUCUCCGAGGAGUACGCUGAGUCCAUGGAUGUGGCCAUCGACUGUAUCGCCGAUGCCUUCGAGGUUGACAAGGCUGAAGCCUCUCUGGUUGCCUCCAAGUUCGGUGGAUUGUCUUUGAUCGAUGCUGUAAACAACAAAUCAGCUGGUUCUGCUUCCGUGAAGGAGGAGACCAUCGAGGUUGACGCCGAAACCAAGGCUAAGGCUGAUGCUGCUAAGGCUGAAGGUAACAAGGCCAUGGCUUCCAAGGACUUCGACACCGCCAUUGCCAAGUACACCGAGGCUAUUGCUUUGGACCCUACCAACGUGGUGUACUUGUCCAACAGAGCUGCUGCCUACUCGUCGGUUUCUCAACACGACAAUGCUGUCAAGGACGCCGAGGCCGCCGUCAAGUUGAACCCUGAGUUCUCCAAGGCCUACUCUAGAUUGGGUUUGGCGCAGUACGCUUUGGGUAACGCCAAGGCCUCGAUGGAAGCUUACAAGAAGGGUUUGGACGUCGAGGGUAGCACUCCUAGUGAUGCCAUGAAGAGAGGCUACGAGACGGCUAAGAAGAGAGUGGAGGCUGACUUGGGGAGCUCGAUUGCCACCAGUGAGCCUGAGAACAGCGAAAGAAGCGAACCUUCUGGCUCUGGUAGUGGCGCCGGCGCUGGUGCCGGCGGAAUGCCCGACUUCUCGUCGAUGUUCGGCGGUGGAGGCGGUAUGCCCAACUUGUCUGAAAUGAUGAACAACCCUCAGGUGAUGGAGGCUGCUCAGAACUUGAUGUCCAACCCUAAUGCUCUCGAAGGCUUGAUGAGCAACCCUGCCGUGCGCCUGAUGGCCCAAAACAUGGGUCUUGGAGGCGAGAACGGUGGAGGAAUGCCUAACUUGUCCGAGAUGAUGAACAACCCCAUGUUGCAGAACAUGGCCCGUAACUUUAUGGGUGGCCAGGGUGGCCAGGGCGGCAACCAAGGCAGUAACCAGGGCCUGGGCAGCAGCGAGUAA